GUUAUUCAGUCAUGGACAUAUCUUGAAGGACAUAUGUUAGUUCUUGAGAAUGUAAAUGCAGGGAAUUUUAACGAUACAGUUAAGUGUAAUAUUUUAAAAUCUAUGAUGGGUGGAAAAUAUGCUCCAGUACUAACAAAUAAUGCUAUUCAAAGAUUGACUCAGAAAAAAUAUCAGCCCUAUGACACUCCAGAUACCUAUGAAGUUAGAAUUCGACUAUUAUUAUUAGGAGUAACAGACAAUGAUGCACAAGUUUUAGGAUUCCUAAAAAGCCAUUUGACAGUUUCUCAACAAUCUUUCUAUAACACCAAAAUAAUAGAAGUUCCUAUAAUUCCACAAUUAGUAUUUCCUAUACCCAAUACACAAAAAAUGAUUGAUGAGACAUUAGUGAAACAAAAAACCAAUUAUGAUGUUAAGAUAGAAAAAUUGAGAAAGGAAGUUCAAUUCUCCAAAAUAGCCAAAAAGUCCCUAUCAAAUUUAAAAAUAGAAGAAUAUUAUAAAAAUUAUUAUGUAGCGAAAUACUUUAACGAUUUAGGAAUAUAUAGUAAAAAAGAUUUAGAUUUAAAUUAUCCUGAAAAACCUUUUCAAAGACCUCGUACACAGCAAAAAGUUAACUUUACUAGAUUAGAGGAGAAAGUAGAUGAAAUUGGGAAUAUGUUAUCUCAUCUUAAUAUAAACAAUCAAUUUCAAAAACCAGUAGCCAAAUCAAAUCGAACACAACAAUAUUAUCUCUUUCAAUUAAUAAAUUCUAGCAUUUUAGCUAAUGAGGAAAGUAAUGAGGGUGGAUAUGAUAAAGAAAAAAAUAUAUGA